CACAAGAAAAGAAGAGCCAAAGAAACUAAACUCAAAUGGCAACCUCCUCUUCCAUCUUUUUGCUUGCUGCUCUUCUUGCCUUGGUCUCAUGGCAGGGCGCCAUGGCCUCUGAUCCUGGCCCACUCCAGGACUUUUGUGUCGCCAGUGCGUGUCAACGGAUUUGUUUGCAAGAACCCGAUGGAGGUCAACGCUGAUGACUUCUUCAAGGCAGCCAACCUCGACAAGCCUAGGGUGACCAACAAGGUUGGAUCCAACGUCACUUUGAUCAACGUCAUGCAGAUUGCUGGACUCAACACCCUCGGCAUCUCAAUUGCGCGCAUCGACUAUGCUCCCUUGGGUCAGAACCCACCACAUACGCACCCUCGUGCCACUGAGAUCCUCACGGUGCUCGAGGGGACACUCUAUGUUGGCUUUGGCACAUCCAACCAGCCCGCCCCCAACAGAAACAAGUUCCUCUCCAAGGUGCUCCACAAAGGUGAUGUGUUUGUCUUCCCCGUGGGACUCUUCCACUUCCAAUUCAACCCCAACCCCCACCAGCCCGCUGUUGCAAUUGCCGCGCUCAGCAGCCAGAACCCAGGGGCUAUCACAAUUGCCAAUGCGGUGUUUGGGUCGGACCCACCAAUAUCAGAUGAUGUUCUUGCCGAGGCAUUUCAGGUGGAAAAGAAUACAAUAGACUAUCUGCAGGCUCAAUUUUGGGAGAACAACCACAACUAAGUCAGACAUUUGUUGAUACACGGAAGAUUAUCGCAUAAACCAAGGAUUUGGUUG